AGUGCGAGAAACGAAAAACGAGUUGAGCCGCGCGCGUGCGCAGGCUGCGCUGCGUCCACCGGGGGCCCAGUGGGGGGCGCGCGACGCGCAUGCCUUCCUCCAACUUUGCUUGGCGUACGCUGCGUGGCUGCCUGCCUGCCUGCCUGCCUGCGCAGAGUUUAGUAAAUCGGGACUUUUGACCUCAUGGCCUAACUGGAUCCGAACGACAACCCACCCGCGCAUCCCGCACACGCUCGCAAAUGUGAACCUUAUUCUCUAUAUUCAUAAUAGAAGCUUUAGUCGUCGUUGGGAGUCGCGUUUGACCUCGUGGGAGUCGGAAACCAACCACGUCUGUUGCCGCUCCGUCAUGGCGGGCGACAUGAUGCCGCUGAUGCGAGGCCUGGCUAAGCUGAGUCGCGCCGUGGUGGAGACGCAGGGCGCCGCUCUGCGCCCGGGGACGGGCGCUCCUCCGUUCAACACUGAAUACCAACCUUGGUGUUCAACAGGAGGCCAAAAGUUGCGAUGCGUGGCCGCGGCGCAGGAGCCGAGUCAGCGGCAAGACACGUCGCCAUCCCAGUUCCCUCGGGAAGAGCGCGAGGAUUUGGCGGCGGGCGCCGCCGGCGGCGGGACCGGGAGCUCGCCGUUCGCCGGCUACAAAGAUCCUUGGCCGGAGUUCAGCAAGAGGCGCUAUUGCACCGUGCUCGGCCCCGGGCGCCCGCUGACGACGGGCGCGUGGCUCCGGGCCCGCGGGCGGCGGGCCUACCACCAGGAGCCCUCGUCCUCGGUGAGCGGGCUGACGGCCCGAGACCUGGAGAAGAGCGAGCGCUCCGACGUCAAGCCGCACAAGCAGACGUUGAGCGAGAGAGCCCGGGAGAGGAAGGUGCCGGUGAGCCGCCUGAGCAGACUGGUCAACUUUGGAGGUCUGGCCGUGGGUCUCGGUAUCGGCGCCUUGGCGGAGGUGGCCAAGAAGUCCAUGCGUCAUAACCACGCGGCAGGAGAGAAUGAAAAGGCGGUGCUGGCUUCCAGUCCCUUCUUGUCCGAGGCCAACGCCGAGCGCAUCGUCAGGACGCUGUGCAAAGUGCGAGGCGCCGCGCUCAAGCUGGGCCAGAUGCUCAGUAUUCAAGACGACGCCUUCAUCAACCCGCAGCUGGCCAAGGUAUUCGAGCGCGUGCGGCAGAGCGCCGACUUCAUGCCCAUCAAGCAGAUGACGAAAGCGCUCAACAGCGACCUGGGCCCCAACUGGAGAGACAAGCUGGAGUCGUUCGAGGAGCGUCCCUUUGCCGCCGCCUCCAUCGGCCAAGUCCACCUGGCCAGACUCAAGGACGGCAGGGAGGUGGCCAUGAAAAUCCAGUAUCCCGGCGUGGCCCAAAGUAUCAACAGCGACGUCAACAAUCUGAUGACCGUGCUGAGUAUGAGCAACGCGCUGCCCGAUGGUCUGUUUCCGGAGCACAUGAUAGACGUGAUGAGGAGAGAGUUGGCGCUGGAGUGCGACUACCUGCGCGAGGCUCGCUGUGCCAAGAAGUUUAGGGAGCUGCUGAAGGGCCACCCGUUCUUCUACGUCCCGGAGGUGAUCGAGGAGCUCAGCAGCAGCCACGUGCUCACCACCGAGCUGGUGGCUGGCUUCCCGCUGGAGCAGGCCGAGGGCCUCCCGCAGGAGCUCAAGAACACGAUCUGCGAGAACAUCCUGAAGCUGUGCCUCAGAGAGUUGUUUGAGUUCCGCUUCAUGCAGACCGAUCCCAACUGGUCCAACUUCCUGUACGAUCCGCAGACGCACAAGGUGGCCCUGCUGGACUUUGGCGCCACCAGAGGCUUCGAUCAACAUUUCACCGACGUCUAUAUCGAAGUGAUCCGCUCGGCCGCCGAGGGCGACCGCCAAGGCGUUCUGAAGAAGUCCAUUGAGAUGAAAUUCCUCACCGGUUACGAGUCAAAGGCCAUGGAGAACGCCCACGUGGACGCGGUGAUGAUCCUGGGCGAGGCCUUUGCGUCGCCGGACACGUUUGACUUUGGCGCGCAGUCCACCACGGAGCGCAUCCACAACCUGAUCCCGGUCAUGCUGCGCCACCGCCUGACGCCGCCGCCCGAGGAGACGUACUCGCUGCACCGCAAGAUGGGCGGCUCCUUCCUCAUCUGCUCGCGGCUCAACGCCAAGCUACGAUGCAAGGAUCUGUUCCAGGAGACCUACCGGCGCUACUGGGAGGGCCGCAGGCCGCCACCGCCUUGACGCCCGGGUCCAGGCUGUGAGAUUUGAGCACGCGUCCGGUCCGAGGCUCAAGUGCGGACAAAAAAAGCGCCAAAAGUGAAUGUAACACACUUGGCGUUUUGAAUUGUUUUCUUUUUUCGGUUUUGUUGGACUUUGACGAGAUGAACAGGGUUUGGGGGGGGUCAGUCGGCCGGUGUGGACCAGGACCGGAAGUGUCGUCUUCUCGGCCCUCAGUGUUUCCGCUUCAGAUUGAGACCAGCUUGCAACCCCAGACAGAGGCUUGCUUUCAAGCGAUUGAAUACUGGAAUCAUUUACAUUCACCUGGCUUAUGUCCUUGCUGCUGCUGCUGCUGCUGCUGCUGCUGCUGCUGCUGCUGCUGUUGAUGGCAUUUUAGGGAGGUCGCUUUUUAAGAAGCUCAGGAUGAUCUUUUAGCACGUCACAGCAAAUCUACAAAAAUGUCCUUUUUGUGUCCUGCUUGAUUUGCGCCCAUGUACUAUGUGGAUUCCAAUGGAUUAAAAUGGAAACGUGUGUGCCGUGA